AUGUCGCAACGUCCGGGGCCCUAUUCUGGUGCAAAGGGAAACGGUAAGGGCAAUGCCGGAAACGGCCGCCCGAAACGCCAACUGAAGCGCGAGGAUAGCGGAGAGGCGGCCCGCUUGAUUGCCAGUCAGGUCUUGCUUGCGGUGCCUGUUUUUUCUUUAAUAAUUGUAGGCCAUUACUUGCUUAGAGAUAUCUAUUACGAGUGUGGCGACUGAUGGAUCCUAGUGGUCUUAUUGUUUGUUCUACAAGUCAGUGGGUGGAACUCUUUGCAAAUGCGACAUAGUUUCUCUUUCGUUGUUUGGUGAAGAUUUCUAAAGGUUCGCGCCCUCCUCAAAAUCUAUAAAGUUUCUCAUCUACAACUACAAUCACACCACACAGCUGCAGGAUGGUCCCCGUGUGAUCGCUCCGUUGCGCGCCCUCUAUCGCGUUUACCGCCGCUCCCAGAGUGCUGUUGUGGCCGCAGUUCUGCAUCCUCCUCCUCCGCAGCUGCGUUGCCCAGAGCAGCAAAGCACUCAAAUGCGUAUGCCGCGAUUCUCGACCAAGGCCAAAGAGAUUGCGAGCGCUGUGAGUGGGACGCGCAUUGGCAACUUGCUGAAGGCUGCCACCUUGGACGAGUUUGCUGGUGAUGAUUUUACGUUGAUGGAGGUACUUUCCUACUUUGCUUUGAAGCACUUCUAUAGUUGAGCACUUCCUGAGAAUCUAAAUGAGGAAACGAUGCACGUUGAAAGUUUCUAACGUCAUGAAUUGCUAGAACUGGAGUAGGUCACGUUCAUCCUGAUAAGUGUGCUCAUAUAUUUUCAUCUAAAUCUAACAGAGCUCCAUCCUGGUCCGCGGCAUCAGCCAAGCCACGCCCUCCGCCGCCGCUAACCUGAUCGGAGGAAUCGACGAUAUUGCGAAACGUUCGACCCUCGGGGACCGCAAAGCUGAAAUGGAGGAAUGCGCGGUGGAGGCGUUCUUGGGUGGUGUUGUCAAAGGCAACAGUCAGGACAACAGCCGUGGCUUAUUGUCCGUGAAAGUGUGGCGCUGA